GUUCACUGGACACGGCGAGGGUGUAGUCAGAAUCUUUCCUCUACAACUUGUCAAUCUGAAGACGGGGUCGCCUGUGUCGUCGCAAGCAUGGCUCCCGCUUCUAGCAGUCCGCGCAGUCUUCUGGCUGGCCAGGCUUCACAGCCUGCCAAAAAAGAACUAGAAGCUACCGGUGUUGUUUGUCAGAGGAGCUGCCGAGGGCUCCUGCUUUACUUUCCCGUCAAGUCUGGCCUUAGUGAGGCCGAAGCAAAGCGACAGAGCUCGCUGCGUGCAGUGGAACCUAUCUGCAUCGGCAUCAGCAGCGUCUAUAAGGCUCCGGAAGCGCUGGACCUCAAAGCGGCCAUGGACGCCCAUGGGCUGCUGAAUGUCAAGGUGGACACGGCGUUCAUUCUUGGGCACUCUGUUUACCAACCAAGCGACAAGACGCUCCCGCCGGCCGUGAAGUCCGGCUUCGAGAUUAUGCGGGUGGCAUCGUCGCCCUCCAGUGGCAGUGACGCCGCAGCAGCCAGCCCCGUGGCGGCUGAGGGGAGUAGCAGUGCAGCGCAAGGAAGCGGGGACACGGCGAGCCCUCCGCCGUCCUCCUUCCGCUUCCUGACGUCCAGUGUCGACCUCAACAACCGUGUGAGCAAAAUGCUCAACUCGAUGAUUCAGUUCGACAUGGCGGCGUACAGCGACAAGUUCAAAAGCCAGGCGGUCAAGAACUGGUCAUCAAUGGACAAGUGGCUGCAGGACCUCCGCAACGCAGUCUCCAAUCCUAAGAAUGGAGAGCAAUCAUAAGCGUGCGGCAACGGCCCGCAGCAAGCAGAAGCCCAUACAGGCGGCGGUGCCUUGCUGGGUGCACGCGGUGCAUACAUGACGCUAGGGCACAUCAAGUGAUUAACACGGCUCAUGGCGGAAGUCUCCCGCAAUUUGGGGUAUUCCGUUGCGCGUGAGCAAAUCUCGUGAUGCAGCAGAUAUGAUGACGUGUACACUACAUAGGACAGACGUGUUGCAAGCUAUUGCCGCACCGGCAGGGGCUUCCUUCGCCACGUGAUUGUUAGUAGGCACGCAGAAGUAUGGGCACAUUAAAUGAUGUGAACCUGUACGAUGACUUUAAGGAUAUGUGCGACGUUGUAGCAGUGCCUUCCAUUUGCAAUGGACCCCAGGUAUAUCUUGGGGUUGGUCGUGUACAUGAGCUCUCAGCUUUUUAGUUGGGCGCCUAUACCGACAUUGCGUGAGCAAGGUGAAGAGGCAGUGAGGUUGGCCGGAACAGCUUGGCAGUUAUUAGUUCUUGGCAGUACACGGGUUAGGUGGUGGGUGCUUGAUGUCAGAACGCCUAAAGGUAACGAAUAUGCUUGCCUUGGCAGAAAGCACUGUGACCCUACCUGGGGUAGUUAUGUGACCUUGGGCAGCUGCGCCCAGUCGCGGCGUUUGGUUUGGUCAGUUUCUUGUCAAGGAAAAGGUAUGUGCUGCAGUGUCAGGCAGGACCGUUGCAGGACCACUGUGCUGAUGGUGUCACCGCAGAUUGCAUUGGUUUACCAAGAGAGGCGCAUGGUUUGGUUGGAUUAGUGACUAUGUGCAGUGCCCGAAUUCGUUUUUAUCACUGUGGGCUGAAUGUUUGGCUACGGUGCAGCAACGGCGGAGUCUUCGACAUGCCGCUACUUCUGCUGCUGUACUCGUCGGGGCGCAUGGGGCCGGGUGGGGUGAGUCUGUGGUGGGGUGGUUUUGUAUGGAUGAAACGUUUGCAAACGACGCAGCGUGGCAGACUGGUAAAUUGUGCCAUGGGUGACCCCUUGUUCAAUGUUUAUGCUUGUGUGAAGCACCGGCACGGCACGAGACGGCCGUCGGUUGUCCGGAUUCUUUGGCGCGUUUGGAGCCCUGCUGUCUAACAGCAUGUUUCCCGACCAGUGCCUGCCGUGCCGGAGCUAAGUUAACCGCGUUCGCGCCUGUCUGCUUCGACGACAGCAGCGUCUGUAAGGCCCUCGAAAA